AUGGAUAGAAAUACAAAGUACCAUCAUGCUAAUGAAAACAAAAGAAGAACAAGAAACAAUAUUGUGGCUUUAAUAGAUGGAAAUGGAAACUGGUGCACUUCUAGGGAGGAACUAGAAAAUCUAUUAAUUGAUCAUUGCAGUUCUCUCCAUACUUCCACUGUGCCUGACAGAAAUGAUGAUAUCAUAAGUUGCAUUCCUUCUUUGAUUAAUUCUGCAGACAAUAUGGAGUUAAUGAGAGUCCUAGACAAUAUUGAAAUGCAUAGAUCUUUAAAAGACAUGAAGCCUUGGAAAGCACCUGGUCCAGAUGGAAUCCCACCUGGAUUCUUUCAGCAUCAUUGGGAGAUUGUGGGUAAUGAUGUAGUAGAGAUGGUGAAACAAUUCUUUCAAACUGGUUAUCUUCUAAAAAGUUUGAAUGCUACUAAUAUUUCACUGAUUCCGAAAACAAAAAACGAGCAGUUCCCAUCUGAUCUAAGACCUAUAUCUCUUUGUAAUUCUUCUUAUAAAAUCAUCUCAAAGAUUACAUCAAAGAGACUUAAGAAAAUUAUGGGAAAAGUAAUACCUCCACUUCAAGCUGCAUAUGUUCAAGGAAGGCAAAUCACAGAUAACAUCCAUCUUGCUCAGGAGAUUGUUCAUUCAAUGAAGAAUAAAAAAGAAGUCAACAAGUAUCUUGCUUUGAAGCUAGACAUGUCUAAAGCCUUUGAUAGGCUUGAAUGGUCCUUCUUAAGAGAUGUUAUGUUGAAGUUAGGAUUCUACGAUUGUCUGCUAUUUAUUAAUGCUGACUUGCACAAUGUGAAUAAUAUUCUCAAGAUUAUUGAAGAUUUUGGAGCAGCGUCUGGUCAGAUGGUAAAUUUUGGUAAAUCAAGUGUAUACUAUAGUGCAAAUGUACCACAGAGGUUUUGCAGGAUUCUUACUCGAAGACUAAAGGUUCCUAGGAUGAAUUCUAAUGAGAGAUACCUAGGAAUUCCUCUUAUUAUUGGAAAGAACAAGGUUAACUGCUUCACAGGUUUAGUGGAGAGGGUGAAAAAUCGUCUUUUCAACUGGAAUAGUGAAUCCAUGUCACAGUGCAGCAAAUCACUUAUGAUAAGGACUGUCACUAAUACAAUACCAGCCUAUACUAUGGGCUGUUUAGAAAUUCCUUCUGAAAUUAUCAAACAGAUUGAUAAUCUGCAGCGAAAAUUUUGGUGGGGUUUUCAAAAAAAUAAUGGCAUCUGCAUUACUUCAUGGAAGAAGCUUGGGUUACACAAAUAUUUUGGUGGACAAGGCUUCAGGGAUCUGAAACUCUUAAAUCAAGCUUUACUCAUUAGAGCUGUCUGGAGAAUGUGCAUCAAUUCUGAAGAGAAGUGGGUAAAAGCAAUGCAAGCUAAAUAUUAUCCUGGCACUCAUAUUUUGCUUGCAAAUCUCAAGACUAAUUUCUCUUGGUCCUGGCGAGGAUUGCGAAAAUAA